UUACACAAGCUCUUUUUAGCCCUCACUGCACCUCAGCACCCCUCCCCUUGAAAUCUUUAUAAAUACUCAACUGAGAGUUCUGCAAGACCCCAGACACUUAACUGCACGGUCAAGGAGAAUCAGGUGGGGAAAGUUGAGGAGAAAUCUUUGCAAUCUACUUUAUCAGCUGAUCCAGAAUGUGGCUCCAAAUAGCUCUCUACUUCUUCUACUUGUUCUGCCGAAAUCAGGCUCAAAACCAAGCCUCUCUCAGCCGCCUUAAUGACCCCAACGGACGCUGCCAUUACACCUUCACUGUACCCAGUCCAAUGGAAAGCAGCUGCUCUGGAAGCAGCACUAAACAAGAACUGAAUGGAGUCCUGUCUCGGCUCACCUUGGUUGAAGCUCUGGUCAGUCGCCUGGUUGAAGGAGCGGAUGGAGGCCGCGGUGCUGGGAGAGCAGAAGAGAGUCUCCAGGAAGCUUACAGCCUAGUUACUAGGGAAAGGAACCAGCUGCAGCAGGACAAGGAGCAUUUGAGCCGGCAGGUCCAGAAGCUGGAGAGCAGCCUGGCUGAGCUGGAGCGGGAGGCGGAGAGCCUCAGGCAGAGAUCCUGCCAACAGACAGAGGCUUCCGAGGGAGCUCUGUACAAUUACAGACCUGCCAAAGACCCUGUACAACAUGAUUUGAGGAAUGAUGCCUAUCAGGAGAUGAAGGCCGAGGUGACAGAGCUCCCUGCAUCCCGCCUGCUUCCUGAGGGAAAUCUGAGCUUCACUGGAUGUGGAGAGUUACUGUCUGUAGGAAACCCUGUGCUGCACCGGAAAGCUGAGAGUAUCACUGGAAAGUAUGGAGUGUGGCUGCAGGAUCCCGACCCUCGGGGCCCCAGUUUCACCAACCAAACUGUGUGGCGCAUUGAUGCAGUGGGCACAGAUGUGCGUCAGCUCUUUAUGUUUGAAGACAUGGAGCAGUUUUCCAAAGGCUUCCCCUCAAAAGUUCUGGUUCUGCCAGAGCCUGUGGAAAGCACAGGUGCUACCGUCUACAAAGGCUCGCUUUACUACCAACGCAGACGGAGCCGCACGCUGAUUCGUUACGACCUGGUAUCUGAGAGUGUAGCAUCUCGCCUGGAUCUGCCUCAAGCUGGCUUUCAUGGCCAGCACCCUUACUCCUGGGGGGGCUACACAGACAUUGACCUCGCCGUGGAUGAGCAGGGUCUGUGGGCCAUCUACAGCACAAACAAGGCUAAAGGCGCCAUUGUCAUUUCCCAGUUGGACCCAGUGAGUCUGCAGGUAAAGGAGAGCUGGGAGACCAAGAUCAGGAAGAACUCUGUUGCCAACGCCUUCAUGGUGUGUGGACGCUUGUACACGGUGGCCAGCUACGCCUCCACGAACACCACCAUCAAUUUUAUGUUUGACACAGCCACCAGUGAGGGGCGGGCCAUCUCUGUGCCCUUCAAGAACAAGUACCGCUACAACAGCAUGGUGGACUACAACUACGCCCACAGGAAGCUGUACGCUUGGGACAACUUCCACAUGGUCACGUACGAUGUCAGACUGGGCAGGCCUCGGCAUGGGGGCAACUAAAGGCAAACAAAGAGAGGCUUAUAUUGUGUUUUAUUUUGUAUCUGCAUCUAUGUAUUAUUGAAAGAAAAAAAGAUAUGAUGACAAACAGAAGCAGAUCUGUGCCGCUCUGAUCAUUUGUAAAAUAUCAUUUUAUCUGUUAAAUAAAAUAAUGUGAAUAAAAUACUAUCAUCAUUUAAAAAACAACAGUCAAUAUUCUGCAAAAGACAGAAAUAUUCCAUGAGUGCAGAAGUCUGGUAACUCAUCACCUCUUACUGUUUUUUUGAAUGAAACAUUAAAAUGCUUCAAGGAUA